GGGCUGUGGCGGCCAACUGUGGGGGCAGCAGGGGGAGGCCCAGGUUGGGUCCAGCAGCCACACAUGUGUCCUGGGGCUCCUUCAAGUCCCUGCUGGAGGCUUGGCUGACCCUGGGUUGGGUGCUGGCUCCAGGUGCACUGCGGCUGAACCAGGCAGCCCUGGCCCAGGCCUCUGGCCGCCACCUGAGGCUGCUGCCCCAGCAGAGGUACCUGCAGAUGGAGAGGGCUGAGGUGAGCGCCCUGGAAAGGAAGAGGAACGUCCUCUGCUGCCUCAUCACCCGCAUCCUCAAGGUGGAGAAGCAGCUCCACGUCGACAACCUGGUGUUCAGGGUGAUUGAUGCCUGUCAGAAGGGCGAACUGGGGCCAGGUGUGCAGUUCCUGAGCUUCUGCUGCCACAGCGUGGACGUGCUGUCCUGCAUCCUGCAUCUGUUGAACCAGGGCUAUCUCCGGCGCCAGGAGGGGAGGCCUCAUGUCUUGGAAUACAUCUCUGCUGAACCCACAACACCCCCCACUUCCCAGGUCCAGCCACAGGUUGCCUUCCAGACUGUAGAGAUCAAGAUGGCAUCAAGCCUGGCCUCUGCCGAAAAGAGAAAGACGUUUUCCACAUUCAGGUAGAUGAGGACCUGGUUGGGAGGACUCAGGCUGGGUCCAGUCUGUUUCUUCCUUGUGGGUUCUAUUUAAAUAAAUGAGCCAAGUGCCAUCCA